UGUAAUCUAACCAAAAAAGACUUGUUUUGAUGUCGGAUUCGAUUCUAUCGAUCUAAUCGAAACGUCUCGCCGUAUUUUUAUUAUUAUUCAUUCAAUUUUCGAAGUCAUACGUCGUUAAAAUUUCUGUAGGUAUAAACUCAGACAUCACUUAUUUAAAUUUUAUGUUUUAGAAUCUAUAACAUUUUAUUUUUAUUAUGCCUACUGGCCGUGCCGUAUUGUUGUUGCGAAGAUUAUCGUCUGGAGACAACAGAUUUAAGAAUCUCAAUUUUAAUCAGAAUACAACCAAGGAACCGCUAGUUGUUAACCCAGUGUGCAGUCAUCGUGAUUUAGCCGUACCAAAAAGGUUGUCCACAUUUAGUCAUAGUAACCUCCCAACACCACCAUUGUGCAGAAGCCUUAGCGAUAAUAUUUUAAAAAUGACUAGUCCCAGUGCAGAGUCAAAACCAUUGGAAAAAUGUAAAUACACAAACUGUUUAAUCUCAGAAAAAUCUCCAUACCUACUGCAACAUGCUCAUAAUCCUGUACAAUGGUACCCUUGGUGCCAGGAAGCCAUAGACAAAGCUAAAAAAGAGAACAAAUUAAUAUUCCUAUCUGUUGGUUACUCCACUUGUCACUGGUGUCAUGUUAUGGAAAAAGAGUCAUUUGAGAAUGAAGAUGUUGCUAAAAUUAUGAAUGAACACUUUGUCAAUAUUAAAGUAGAUCGUGAAGAGAGACCUGAUAUUGACCGUGUCUAUAUGUUAUUUGUGAUGGCUACAAAUGGAAGUGGUGGUUGGCCCAUGUCUGUAUUUUUAACUCCUGAUUUACGUCCUGUUACUGGUGGCACAUACUUUCCCCCUGAAGACCGCUGGGGUCGGCCAGGGUUUAAAAGCAUCCUCUUAUCUUUAGCCAAAAAAUGGAAAGAGAACCAAUCACAAUUCCUAGAGGCAAGCAUGAAUAUCAUGGAUGCAUUACAAAAAAUAUCUAUUGUUGAUGGUGAAAAUUCAACUUCAGUACCUGGUGAAGCUACUUGGGAUAGAUGUGUUCAAAGAUAUAUGUCCAAUUAUGAACCAGAAUUUGGUGGAUUUGGAACAGCCCCUAAGUUUCCUCAGGCUUCUAUAUUUAAUUUUCUCUUCCAUUAUUAUGCUCGAGAUAAAUCCCAUCCUGAAGGAAAGAAAUGUUUGGAAAUGUGCCUAUAUACUCUAACAAAAAUUGCUAAGGGUGGUAUUCAUGAUCAUGUUUCUAGUGGCUUUGCCCGAUACUCAGUUGACAAUGAUUGGCAUGUGCCACAUUUUGAAAAAAUGUUAUAUGACCAAGCCCAACUUCUUGUUGCUUAUACUGAUGCCUUUUUGGCAACUAAAGAUGAAUUCUAUGCUGAUGUUGUGCAUGAUAUUAUAAAAUAUGUAAAUAGAGAUCUGAGACAUGAAUCUGGAGGCUUUUAUAGUGCUGAAGAUGCAGACUCUUAUCCAACCACUGAAGCAACUCAUAAGAAGGAAGGAGCAUUUUGUGUAUGGGAAUAUGAUGAAUUAAAAUCAAUUAUUGGAGAUAAAAAGAUUAAUUCCAUCCCAUAUAUGGACAUAUUUGCUGAUUAUUUUAGUAUUGAAGAAGAUGGUAAUAUUUCUCCCACAAGUGAUCCUCAUGGGGAGUUAACAAAUAAAAAUGUUUUAAUUGUCUAUGGUAGUAAAGAGGAAACUGCAAAUAAGUUUGGUCUAUCUAUAGAUCAAUUAAACCAAGUGCUAUCUGAAUGCAUUGAUAUACUGUACCAAGCUCGUCAAAAAAGACCCCGUCCUCAUCUAGAUAGUAAAAUGCUCUGUUCUUGGAAUGGUCUAAUGAUAGCUGGCUUGGCACAAGCAGGACAAGGCUUAGCAGAAAAAGAUUAUGUUGAAGAUGCUAUAAAAACUGCUCAGUUUAUAAAAAAACAUCUGUAUGAUCAAUCGACACAUACAUUGUUGCACUCCUGUUAUAAAGCUGAAGAUGGUUCAGUUGCACAAACCAUAAAUCCAAUCAAAGGAUUUCUGGAUGAUUAUGCUUUCCUUAUAAAGGGUUUAUUGGAUUUAUAUGAAGCCUCUCUUGAUCUCGGCUGGCUGAAUUGGGCUCGAGAGUUGCAACAAACACAGGAUAAAUUAUUUUGGGAUCCUGUCAAUAGUGGAUACUUCACUUGCUCAGCAGAAGAUAGCACUGUCGUGUUAAGACUCAAGGAAGACCAAGACGGUGCUGAACCAUCAGGGAAUAGUGUGGCAUGUCAUAACCUUCAACGGCUUGCCGCCUACGCGGACAAGAGUGCCGCGCCAGAAGGUGGAGAUCACGAGAGGGAAAUGGCGAAGCAAUUGCUCCUCGCCUUUUCCAAACGACUCACCGCGUCCCCCACGGCACUUCCAGAGAUGAUGUCCGCUCUCAUGUUUUAUAAUGAUUCUCCAACACAGGUGUUGAUAUCGGGCGGGUGCAGCGACCCCCGCACGCUAGAGUUGGUACGCGUGGUGAGGUCGCGGCUGCUGCCGGGCCGCGUGCUCGCCGUCGCCGACCCGACCGCCGAGUCGCCAGCCGGUAUGUCCGACAUACUGUUAAGCCGUAUCAGAUCGGCGGGCGACGUGCCUACAGCUUACGUGUGUCGACGUUAUGCGUGCUCGCUCCCCGUCACUGACGUGAAACAACUGGAAAGCUUGUUAGAUGAAGCGCCAGCCACCACAUCAACAAAAAGCAAAUAAUUUUCACUUUAAAUAUAUAUAUUUUUUAAUAUAUUUAUGUAGUUCUUACAUGAAUAUAUAUAUUUAUGAAUGUAUAUAUAUAUUCGAUCUUGUUAAUAUUGUUAUUUUGUUUUCAUGUCACGUGUUCUUAUGUAUCAAUAUUUUUAUUUCAUGAAUAUGUGUUUGCGUUUAUCGUGUCCCCAGCGACAAAAUGUAAGUAACCAAAAUGUGGUAUAAUUUAGAUGAGUAGUCGUAAUUUAACAGAUGAACAGUACAAUUUUAGAUCAGUGAAUGUUUUAUUCCUUAUUUAUGUAUUUACUAGUCAUUACAAAUUAGAUACCACGCCUGUCGGAUCUGCGGUAAUUGGCUGAAAAUUACGUUUUAUUGUUAUAAACAUGCCUCUAUAUCACGUAAUUUUAAUAAAUGAUAUUUAUUUAUUUAUUCAUUAGUACAAAUAUGUGUACAUGGCAGACUUAAUGCUAAAAGCAUUCUCUACCAGUCAACCAUAGGGAAGUGUCAGAAUAUUCGAAUGCGGUACUACUAAUUAUUGAUAUACAUUUAUUUAUUUAUUUAUUUAUGCUUUAUUGACCACAUUACAAAAAAAAAUGUCUAGUACAAAAGGCGGACUUAAUACUAUAUAGUAUUCUCUCCCAGUCAACCUUUGGAAAAACAGAAAUUUUAUUAUGCGGUGAAAAAAAAAAAUUACAACACAUACAAUAGAGAUUACAUACUAAAAUUACAUAUAUAAACGAAUAAAUAUAUAUGAAUAACAAAUAUACUUACACAUAUAUGACAUAUACUAUAGUAUACAGGAAAUUGAGAAUAAUAUAAAGCACUUACUGCUCGGAUAAAGUAAAAAAGUGAGCGUGGACGUUUUGUUAUGAAAUAAGAUAUAUUCUUGUAAGUACUUACUUUUUCAUACUUUAAUAGUUAUUUAGUCGAAAUCAGUUAAAAUUUGUUCUACUAAUAAAAUGUCAUGAAGUAAGAAUACUACUUACAAAGUUUUUGUAAAUAACAAGACAAUAUAUGUUAAAAAACAUAUUCCUAUAUUUUAUGUUAAUUAAAAGUGAUAUUUAUCUCUGAUAUUUUUGACAAUUUCUAAAUAAAUAGAAUUGGAUAGUGCUCAGUCGAUAAUGACAACAUUGAAUAUAUUUAAAUAGAUUUUAGGCAUUUUUCUUCACAAUAUAAAAAAAAAUACUAUUGUGAUAAGAAUCUUUCUAGCUGAUGUAAAUAUCCAUCAGUUUAAUAUUGUACUUCUAAAUUAUAUUCAUGCCUUGUGCCAUAUUUUAAUAAAGACAAAAAUAAGGCCUGCUUGAGUGCAAACGCCACGGUAUGCUCAUAAUACCAGUUGCCAGUAAUGUCCAUUCGCGCAUUGCCUAUCCUUAUGAGUACUUAUGACUCAAGUCAUUUUACUGUUCUUCCUACAGUUUAAAUAUCGAAGAAAAAAAGAAAAUCGCAUAAGCAUAGCAGCAUAAACAGGUAAUAGUACCGACUUCAUACAAAAAGGUCUUUAUGCAACUAAGGUUUUACGAGGCAUCGUUUCUCUGUUGCCGAAUGUCAGUUACUAUUAACUUUUUAAUUCAUAACAUGACCGACGAAUCUUUAUUUCAGGAUCUAUGUAAAUUUUAAGUUAUUAACCAUAAUAUUUUGCACUUCAAAUUCGUAAUUGAGAAAUCUAAAAACAUUUAUCAAGGAGUGAUUUGGAAAUAUUUAGGCUGAUUAGUAGAGAUAGCAAAAUAAAUAUAAUAGUAUAUAGAUUAUUUUUUCUCAAUUUUAUUGACAGAAUGUCAUCAAAUGACGUCGGAAAGAUUCUCAUUUCAUUUAUUAUUUAUUUAUAUUAAUGUAAAUUAGCUUGAAGCAAAGUUUUGUGAUAUUUUACUCGAAAUAUAGAAUUAUACAUAA